AUGCCCAUCAUUCAGCGCUCUGCCAUCCGCGCUGUCUCCCGCGCUUCUCGCACGGCUAACCGUGUGGCCCGCCAGAACGCUGCCGGUCUUUCGACCGCUGCCCGUCUGGCUCUGCCGGCUGUCCGCGCCUCGGCUGCUGCCCCCAGCUUUGCCAAGGCUGCCAACGUCCAGACUCGCGGCCUUGCCACUGAGGCUGCCUCGACCAAGGGCGAGGUCGGCAACAUCUCUACCGUCAUUGGUGCCGUUGUCGAUGUCCACUUCAGCUCGGACAACCUCCCCGAGAUCUUCAACGCGCUCGAGGUUCUCGACAUGAAGCAGGGUCGCCUGGUUCUCGAGGUCGCCCAGCACAUUGGUGAGAACACCGUCCGCUGCAUUGCCAUGGACGGUACCGAGGGUCUCGUCCGUGGCCAGCGCGUCCAGGACACGGGUGCCCCCAUCACCAUCCCCGUCGGUGGUGCCACUCUUGGCCGUAUCAUGAACGUCAUUGGUGAGGCCAUUGACGAGCGUGGCCCCAUCAAGGGCUCGGCCCUGCGCUCGAUCCACCGUGCUCCCCCGGAGUUUGUCGAGCAGUCGACCGAGUCGGAGAUUCUCGAGACCGGUAUCAAGGUCGUCGACCUGCUUGCCCCCUACGCCCGUGGUGGUAAGAUUGGUCUGUUCGGUGGUGCCGGUGUCGGCAAGACCGUGUUGAUUCAGGAGCUGAUCAACAACGUCGCCAAGGCCCACGGUGGUUUCUCGGUGUUCACCGGUGUCGGUGAGCGUACUCGUGAGGGUAACGAUCUGUACCACGAGAUGAUCGAGACUGGUGUCAUCAACCUCGAGGGUGACUCGAAGGUGGCCCUGGUGUUCGGUCAGAUGAACGAGCCCCCGGGUGCCCGUGCCCGUGUUGCCCUGACCGGUCUCACGAUCGCCGAGUACUUCCGUGACGACGAGGGUCAGGAUGUGCUGCUCUUCAUCGACAACAUUUUCCGUUUCACCCAGGCCGGUUCGGAGACCUCGGCGCUGCUCGGUCGUAUCCCCUCGGCUGUCGGUUACCAGCCCACCCUCUCGACCGACAUGGGUAUGAUGCAGGAGCGUAUCACCACCACCAAGAAGGGUUCGAUUACCUCGGUGCAGGCCGUCUACGUCCCCGCCGACGAUGUGACUGACCCUGCCCCGGCCACCACCUUCGCCCACCUGGACGCCACCACUGUGCUGGACCGUGGUAUUGCCGAGCUGGGUAUCUACCCCGCUGUCGACCCCCUGAACUCGAACUCGCGUAUGCUUGACCCGUCCAUUGUCGGUCACGAGCACUACAACGUCACCACUGGUGUCCAGAAGCUGCUCCAGGACUACAAGGCGCUCCAAGAUAUCAUUGCCAUUCUGGGUAUGGACGAGCUGUCGGAGGAGGACAAGCUCACUGUCGAGCGUGCCCGUAAGAUGCAGCGUUUCAUGUCGCAGCCCUUCGCUGUCGCCCAGGUCUUCACUGGUAUCGAGGGUCGCCUGGUCUCCCUGAAGGACACCAUCAAGGCCUGCAAGGAGAUCCUUGAGGGCAAGCACGACGCUCUCCCCGAGGCCGCCUUCUACAUGGUCGGCUCCAUCGAGGACGUCAUUGCCAAGGCUGAGGAGAUCAGCAAGCAGGGCAAGUAA